AAUAUUUCUAUAAUAAUAAUAGCCCCACGAUACAAUAUAGCUCCAGUGCGCAUACGCCUUUAUUUUGGCGCUCUUGGCUUGCCGUAGUAUUUAUAUCCAAUGUAGCCAAUAUGGCGUCCAACGAUUAGCCAGUUAGCUUGACACCGCCAAUUUUUUACUAUUAUUGUCAUUUUAAGUACAUUUGGAAGGAAUAUAUCAGCGUAAUUAUGAAGAGAUGGAGUUUCUAAUAAUGUGAAGCAGUUUAAAAGUUAGUAAACUGAGUGUAUUGUGGGUGUAAAUAUGAUAUUUUCUUACCGAGACGUGAAACGGUCAGUGUGCUAACCCGGUUAGCUCGCCGUUAGCUCCGUCUGACCGGGCAGCCGGUCUAACGGUUAGUAACGGCCGGUGUAACCGUUAGUAACGGUCAGUCCGCAGCGCUAUGACGGAGGUGGAGGAGCUGCGGCCCGUGCCCCGGGAGCGCGCCAUCCUGGAGAGCUUCUUCACGCAGCUCGGCAUGUUCUCCUUCGACCGGGCCAAGGACUACGUGGAGAAGGAGAAGGACAGCCGGAGCGCCGGGGCCAUCUGGGCCGCGCUGCUGGCCGCUCUGGCUCACCUGGCCGCCGCCGAGAAGGCCUACCACCACAUGACGUUCCUCGGGCAGAAAAUGGGCGGUCAGUCCUUCUUCAGCCGUAAAGACUCCAUCCGAACCAUCUACACCUCUCUGUACAACGAGCUGAGGAAGGUGGUGACCAUGGGGCGCCACAGCCAGCCGGGCUCCGCCUCCUACCUGGAGGACCUGCUGUCGCACCUGUCGGAGCAGCUCUGCCACUUCACGCAGGCCCGCAUGGAGAUGGCCGACCUGUACGAGAAGAUGCACUCGCUGGGCAGCCAGAAGAACAUCAACUCUGACGAGCUGGUCACCACGCUGGAGGCCGUGCUGCACAAAUACAGCUCCAAGUUCCACCACCCGAUCCUGGGCCGUGUGGAGGAGGGCUUCCAGACGGAGGUGGACGUGGUGACCCAGCUGCUGCGCUGCCAGGCCCAGGUGUCCGAGUGGUACUUCCUGCCGGCGCUGCUCAGCCUGCACGGCGCCAACUCCAAGCUGAUCGCCUGGGGCCAGCUGUUCCAGCGGCAGAAAGAAACCCGCAAGCACCUGUUCGGCGGCCAGUCCCAGAAGGCCGUGCAGCCGCCGCACCUCUACGUGUGGCUGCAGCGCUUCCAGGCCGUGCUGCUCGCCAAGUUCAGCUUCUACUUCCACGAAGCGCUGAGCCGCCAGACGCCGCCGGCCGACAUGAGGGCGCUGACCGCCCGCACCGCGCCGGACUACCACGGCAAGAUCUGCUCCUUCAUCCGCAAACACGACGCCAGCAACGUUUCGUUAGUGUUCGACAACCGCGGCUCCGAGAGCUUCCAGGGCCACGGCUACCACCACCCGCACUCGUACCGGGAGGCUCCGAAGGGCGUGGAGCAGUUCCCGGCGGUGGUGUCGCUGCCGUCGGGGGAACGCCCGCUCACGCACUGGCCCAACGUCAUCAUGAUGAUGGGCGACCGCGCCGCCGAGCUCAACACGCUGGACAAGGUGGUGCACUUCUACGACGACAAGGUCCAGAGCACGUACUACCUGACGAGACCCGAGCCGCACUUCACCCUCGUGGUCAUCUUCGACGGCAGGAAGUCGGAGAAGGAUCUGCACAUCGCCGCCUUCCUGCAGGAGAUCUCCAGCUCCCUGAGGAACUCCAAACCCUUCAGCACCCUCAAACCCGGAUCCAAGGGCUGAAGGGAGGAGAAGGUCAUCUCACAGAUAGAUAAAACGUUUACAUCUUAUUUUGAAAGACUCGUUUACUGUGGACCAGCUUCCUGUUGGUUUCCUUUUCGUUGCUCUGAAUUUUCUCAUUUUUGCCAAAAAUGUUCCAGACCAAAGAGAAACUCGUCUCUCUGAUUCAACAAAACACGCUGGAAGUGAUUAAUUUAAAGAAAGUGUUAAGGAUUUUAAUUAUUUUGCAUCAAUUACUGUUUUAACAUGUUUACUUUGUCUUUUUUAAUAGUUUAUAUAUUUAAUGUGCCUGAUACAAUUUAAAUAAAGUUGAUGAUUGAACUUCUGA